CAAUAAAACUGUACAAUUAAAAGAAGAAAAGCGCCUCGGAUCCAUUUUCAGCUUCUGUUUGGCGUACGAGAAUUCCCCCAAAUUUUCUUUAUAAAAACAAACAAAUCAAUAAUUCAUAUCUCAGAUCAUUUCUCAAAAUCAAUCUUCUGCUAAUGCUCCCGACCCUCCUCGCCCUUCUCCGCCAUUAACGAUCAUCGAUCAGAGAAAAUGAGCGCGGUCUGUACAACGAACUACUGCAUUAGCACCGUGGACAGUGGCCGUCCGCCGCGCGCGGCCUAUAUCAACCUCUCGAAUUGGACGGAUUCGGAUAACGAGACCGAUAAAUCGGCGAUUCCGAGAACGCGCCGCCGCGUUCCGGUUGUGGAUGGAGUAUCGUGCAGGCAAAUGUAUUUGAGGAGCUAUAAAUUUUCGACGAAGGAAUCGGUGCGGGAGAAAACGAGGAGGUGUUUGUGGAAAGUAAAGGAGAAAUUAGGUCAGAGAAAGAGGAGAAAAUCGGGCGAUAAGAGGAAUCAGAAUCAGAAUCGGAAUCGCAAUCGGAAGAGGAAGUGUUUCAUUUGGAGGAAGAUGAAGAAAUUUUCUUGCAGUUUCGUUCUGUUCCGGAUUUUUCGAAGGAUUUUGACGUGUUCUGCAAGUGUCGAUGUUGUGGAGCAUAGAAGUGGAAGUAAUGGUAAUUGAUUCCGAGUCUGGAAGUUUGAUCUGUUCUUUCUUCUUCUUGUUCUGUAAUUGAAUUUCACAUGCUUUUUGUUUGUGUUUAAUCAUCUUCAUUACUUCAUAGCUCA